AUGCCCGUGUCAACGCUGCUGCUGUCCCUCCUCGCCUGUCUGCACUAUGUGUCAGCCUUCACUUUGGUCUCCCGUCCCACCGUCCCCUCCCUCUCCCGCACCUUGCAACCUCUCAGGCGGCAUGACCAUCAGCAUCGGCAUCGGCAGCGUCUGUCGGCCUCGACUGACUUCAAGAUCGAGAUGGACAUGGGCACACUGCCCUCGGCACCGACCGUCAGACCACCCCCUCCCCCACCCACACCCCCGCCCACACCCCCGCCGCCAGUAGCUGCCGAGCAGGCUGCUCCUCCUGCACCUGCCUCUGAGGCGCCCGCUGCUUCGGCUGGUGCUUCUGCUCCUGCUGUUGGUGAUGCCGCUAGCCCGACUGUGAGUGAGGGUCAGCAGCAGCCGCCGCCGCAACAGCAAAGUGAGGCGAGUGGUGGUGGCGGAGAGGUCAAGGCGGCGGAGGCCGCUGCUACUGCUCCUGCUCCUGCACGCCCUGCAGAGGGUGAGGCGGCGCCAGCAGCCGCGACAGCGACAACCGCGCAGCAGCAAGAGCCGCCAUCUCCAGCCCCUCCAUCAAUGGAGCCAGCUCCUCCAGCGGCUGCCGAUCAGCCCAAGGAGUCAGUGGAAGACAAGCUGACGCGUGCGAUCCUUGAGAAAGAGGAGGAGGCGGCAAAAGAGCCCGAGCAGCCACCAUCAGAGACUGCUGUGGCUGAGGGCGAGGGCGAGGUUCAGGCCCAGGAGGGCGCCAAGACAGAGGCCACAGCAGCGACGGAGGGGGGAGGGGCUGAGGGUGAGGGUGACUUGGCUGCGGGCAAGGAGGAGGGCGAGGCUGCCCCGAGCGAGGAGAAGCCGGAGGUGGCGGAGGCGCCUCCGCCGCCCUCACCGGCACCCUCAUUGGAGGAGGCGCAGAAGGUGCUGGAGCCCGUCAAGGGUCUCAAGAUACCUGAACUCGCCGCGGGGGUAACCUAGCCCACACAGCACAGCACACAUACACACGAUAAAGAAAUACGGGUAUGUCACGGCUGUGUGUGCGUGUGAUUCGAUUCCUUCCCUCACUCAGGUAGGUGCCGGUGCGUUGCCGUGGGUGAUAGUUCCGGUGGCGGCCCUCAGCCUCGGGAGGCAGCUGCUCGACACCACCAAGGAAGCCAGGGCACAGGCACAGUUCAAGGUGGGCAAUGGACACACAAUGAACAGGACGAACGAACGAACGAACGAAGGACUGCCGAUAGUGACGUGUCGAUGGUGUCUGUGUGUGUGUGUGUGUGGACGUAGGAUGAGUUGGCUGAGAGUGAGAGGAAGGCGGCAAUCGCCAAGGACCAGGUACACACACACAGACACACACACACACACACACAUGGCCCGCCGUAUGCCACCAAUCAUCCCCUCUCCCUCCCUCCCUCCCCCUGUCAGGCGUAUGCUGCGAUGGCCAAGAGCCGGGAGCCCCCCAAAGGCAUCGGGAUGCUCGCCGCUGCAAUCGCCGGAGGUAACGACAACAAACCACAGCCACAGACACAGCAGCGAGGAGGGGCAACAGCAGCAGCCGCAGCCACAGCCAGCACCGGCACCAGCAAAUCAGCUACACCCCCUGCACAGCAACAACCAGCAGCCCAGCAGCAGUCAGCAGCAGCAGCAGCCAGGAAGCCCUCCGUGUCCCCAGCACCCUUCCUGUCCGGGUGGCGAUCUGGCUGGCGCUCCGGGAUGCCCCAGCCACAGCAACCGAAGACAGCAGCUGCCCCCAAGAAGCAGCAACAGCCGCAGCAGAGGCAGCCAGUGCUGCAAGCCACCGCCUCAGCCCCGGCAGGCAAGAGGCAGCAGACACAGCCACAGGCACAGCCGCCCCAGCCCCGUCGCUAUUCGCCCCCCCCAUCCCCGUCCCCGCCGGCCGCCCCCUCCUCCACUAAAGUGCUAGAGGGUGCUCGUUCAUCUCUCACGGACCUCCGCGUUGUGCUUGCAGUCGGGAUCGCCUCGUCGCUCGGACUCCUCUACGCCACCACCGUCCUCACCAAUGGCAACAAGACGCCACCUGACUUCAUCCAACAGCAGCAGACCAAGACGCAGACACUGCCGACCAAGCCACAGGGUGCGGCGGUGCUGCCGAAGGAGCCCGAGGGGAGGCCUGCGCUGCGUGACCUGAAGCUGCCGUCGUUCUUUGGCGGCGGUGAGGAGAUCCAAGGCACUGAAGGCAGCGAGGGCGAGAGGAGGGAGGAGACAACGGCGGCAGCUGGCAAGGAAGUGGUCAAGACAGCAGAGGAGAAGCCGCCGCCACCACCAGAGGAGCCGGAACCGUCACCACAGCCAGCUGCCCCAGUGUUCAAGCUGCCGUCGUUCCUGGGCGGCGAGGACAAAGACAAGGCACCUGAGGAGGCAAAGGAGACAGCACCCGCUGCACCUGCCCCACCAGCACCAGCCGUCACUGAAGCCGAGACGAAGGAGGCCGCCCCAUCAGCCGCCCCACCAGCCGCUGUUGUCGAGCCGCCCAAGCCAUCGGAGGGCUUCCAGCUGCCAUCCAUCUUCGGCGGCGGCGGCAAGGAAGAGGUCAAGAAAGAGGCGGCCCCGGCCCCCCCUGCAGCAGUGGUGGAGGAGACGGCCAAGAAAGAGGAGACCGCAGCUGUGGCUCAGCAGCAGCCAGAGGAGAAGAAGGAGCAGCCGGCGGCCAAGACGGAGGAGGUGGCAAAGGUCGAGCAGAAGAGGGCAGACGAGGAGAAAGCCGCCCCCUCCGCUGCCCCUGCUGGCGUCAGCGAGCCACCCGCCCCUCUCGCCAAACAAGAAGAAAAGGUGGAGCCACCGCCACCACCACCAUCACCAGCACCACCUGCAGCAGAGAAGGCACCACCCGCAGCCACAGCCACAACAACGGCCGAGAAAGAGGUGUCUGGGUCGCAAGAACCGCCUGCUCGUGUGUCUGAGCAGCUCAACAGCAUGCCUGUGCGGGUCAUGAUCGAGCCACCGCCCAAGCCAAAGCCACCACAACAGCCGCAGCCGACCACCACGGCCGAGAGGUCUGCAGCCGGGGGUGGAGAGGAGAGGAAAGCCCUGGUGGACCUGACGGGCAUCUUCAAGAGGCAGGGGCCACCGGCGGGGGGCGAGGAGGGUGCUGCGACGGCCGAGGAGAGUGGGAGUGGAGGCGGUGAGAAGAAGGCGCCCGCACCGGCGGCGUCAAAAGGUGAGCAGCACAGAUCACAACAAGUGCGUUGAUCUUUGCCAUGGUGCUCUGGUGUGUGUCUCUCUGUGUGUGUAGGUGUGCCUGACCGAUCUGAUUUGGUUGACAAGCUGAAAAAGCUGCGGGGCGACCUGCAGGCACAGGCAGACAAGAAGACUGAGACCGAGUGA